GCUUCACUUUAUUUUUUACUUUAAGAUGUUGCAUACAUUUGAUCAAAAAUACUGCCUUAUUUGCGUGCAUAUCAUGCACAUUUUAAUAAUAGUCCAUAAGCUGCAAAAUUUUUCUAUUACUUCCACGAGCUGUACAAGAGAAGACCUCCCAGUAAAACUUACAUUUAGCUUUAUUCACUCUGUAUUAAUCAGGCCUUUUGUGGUAUUUGUGUCAUGGGGCCAGAAUAAAUGUCAGUGUGCCUUAUUUUCACAGAGUUAGCAGCCUCUGUCGAACCGGGCAGAGUUUAUAGAGGUAAGAGUGAUCAGAAUCAGACUUUAUUGCCAAGUAAGUUUGCACAUACAAGGAAUUUGUCUUGUAUAUACAAUCUUCUUACUCCUUACAACCCCCCCUCCCUCGCGCUGUGAACAGUUGUCAUGGUGGGCUGUGGGCCUGGAUGAGAUUCAUGGUUUGUGUUGCAGGUUUCUUCUCAGCUGAUGGUGACGUAGUCGCGCGCCUAACCGACCCUGUCUGUGUGACUUUUACAAAUGGGGGGCGGAGGGCUGUAGGGCGCAACCAUUUCACACCCCUGCCGCGUGAGGAGACGCCUAAUAUUAAUAACAAUUAUCCGAGGAUGACAAUUCAUAGAUGAAUCUCAUCUCCAGCGAUCACUGAAAGCUCCAGAAAUUGCCUUCGCCAGCCAGCGCAGAGGAGACAAAUCGUGGUUGUUCCGAUGGUGCGCAAAGUCCAGCAGACAGCCGUGGCAACUUAAAAAGCGGUGUGCACAGCUGAGCGCGUUUCUGAUGUAAGACAGUGGUUAAUAUUAAUUGCGUGUGUGCCAUUUCUGAGGAGAGGAGCCGGCGAGCAGGAGCUCUACGGCAGUGCCUACCUACAGGAGCGACAUCAUAGAUUUCCUGCGCUAUCGCAGCGGAGAGAGGAGGAGGAGGAGAGCGCUGAUUCACGGCUUGCAGGAGGAGGGAGAGCCGUGCGGACGGGGCUCAGAAGAUCCAUCUCUACCAAGGGUGCAACCUUAAAAUACCGACCACCCCCCCUCCUCCUCCUCCUCCCUCGUCAUUGACAGCUUUGCGACCCGGUCAGUCCGUCAGACAGGGAGGAUCUGGGGAGGAGGGCGCCAAGGCAGGAGAGGACGAAAGGCGAUCACCUCUGGCCGGUUUGAUCCAAUCGCCAAUACCGAGCAGGCUGGGGACCUGCCUCUCCGUACAUGAGGACGACACAGCGGCUUCACCGGGGGAGAUCGGUCCGAGGAGCACGUUUAACUCCAGAGAUCCAAACAGCGAGAUUAUUUUGAGACUGUUGUCUGAUCUGAACGGCAAAACAAUAAUAAAGGAGGCGGACAGGAGCUAUUUCGCAGUCGCUACAUAAACUCCCCGGAAUACAAAUCCAGGUGGUGGGUGGAGAAAAAGCACAGCCCAGUGCUGGAUCCCAGAGGGACUGUCAGUGUGGUAAGGACCCUUGAGACGAAGGAGGGUGCAUGGAGGGUUCAAGGCCUGUAAAGCCGGGGUCAUCAGCCUGCCUCUGGUUGGGGCUGGUCUCUGUGGCUGUAGCCUUCCUUUGUACAGAGGCCCGGACCACUCCGAGCCCUCUGCUCAGCCCCAGCAAUGCGACCUGUGAGGGGAACUCCAAGUGUCUUCCGGGGAUCAUCCUGCCCAUAUGGUAUCCGGAGGAUCCUUCCAUGGGAGACAAGAUCGCACGGGUCAUUGUGUAUUUUGUGGCCCUGAUCUACAUGUUUCUCGGAGUGUCCAUCAUUGCCGACCGCUUCAUGGCGGCCAUUGAGGUUAUCACCUCCCAGGAGAGGGAAAUUGUCAUCAAAAGGCCCAAUGGGGAAACGACCACCACCACAAUCCGGGUGUGGAAUGAAACGGUCUCCAACCUCACCCUCAUGGCCUUAGGCUCGUCUGCCCCUGAAAUUCUGCUUUCUGUAAUUGAGGUUUGUGGACAUGACUUUAAAUCUGGCGAGCUUGGGCCCUCCACAAUCGUUGGCAGCGCAGCUUUCAAUAUGUUUGUCAUCAUUGGCCUCUGUGUGUCUGUCAUUCCCCAAGGAGAGGUACGCAAGGUCAAACACCUCAGAGUGUUCUUUGUCACUGCGGGCUGGAGCAUCUUCGCUUACAUCUGGCUCUACAUGAUCCUGGCUGUGUUUUCUCCCAAUGAAGUCCAGGUCUGGGAGGGUCUACUCACACUGGCCUUCUUCCCCAUAUGCGUACUCCUCGCCUGGGUGGCGGACAGGCGACUGCUCUUCUACAAAUUCAUGCACAAGAAGUAUCGCACUGACAAACACAGGGGCGUCAUCAUCGAGACGGAGACGGAACGCUCCAAGGGGAUUGAGAUGGAUGGCAAGAUGGUCAACUCUCACUUCAUGGAUGGAGGUGCGGCCAGCAAUCUGAUCGGUUUGAUCGAGAGCAAAGAGGUAGACGAGUCCCGGCGCGACAUGAUCCGCAUCUUGAAAGACCUGAAGCAGAAGCACCCAGAGAAAGAGUUGGAUCAGCUGGUCGAGAUGGCCAACUACUAUGCUCUCUCGCACCAGCAAAAGAGCCGUGCCUUCUACCGCAUCCAAGCUACACGCAUGAUGACAGGCGCCGGAAAUAUCCUGAAGAAACAUGUUGCAGAGCAGGCGAAGAAAAGCGCCAGUGUGCAGGAGGUGCAUGUGGAUGAACCAGAAGAAUAUGUGUCUCGGAUUGCUUUUGAGCCUGCUGUCUACCAAUGCCUCGAGAACUGUGGUGCCGCCAUUCUGACCAUCACUAGAAAGGGUGGCGACAUCAACAAGACGAUCUACGUGGAUUAUAAGACAGAGGACGGCUCUGCUAACGCUGGGGCUGACUAUGAGUUCACAGAGGGUACAGUUGUGUUCAAACCAGGAGAGAUGAUCAAGGAAAUAAGCAUUGGCAUCAUAGAUGACGACAUCUUUGAAGAGGAUGAGCACUUUUUUGUCCGCCUCAGUAACUUGCGUGUCCUGGAGACUGAGGACGAGGUGCUGUCCCCGAACAGUCUGCCAUACCCAAAGGCUGCACUGGGCUUCCCCACCGUGGCCACUGUGACCAUUCUGGAUGACGAUCAUUCAGGCAUCUUCACCUUUGAGAGCAACUCAGUGCACGUCAGUGAGAGCAUCGGUAUUAUGGAAGUGAAAGUGCUAAGGACUUCUGGAGCGAGGGGGACGGUCAUUGUGCCUUAUCGCACCAUGGAGGGACUCGCCAAAGGAGGAGGGGAGGACUUCGAAGACACCUACGGAGAGCUCGAGUUCAAAAAUGAUGAGACGUGCAAACUUAUUCACGUGAAAAUUAUUGACGAUGAAGAGUAUGAGAAAAACAAGAACUUCUUCCUGGAGCUGGCCGAGCCUCGCAUGGUAGACAUGAGUCUGCAGAAAGCCCUGUUGUUAGCUAACGAUGUGCCAGACAGGAAGCUGACAUCAGACGAGGAGGAAGCCAAGCGGAUCGCGGAGAUGGGGAAACCAGUGCUGGGGGAACACUCCAAACUGGAAGUCAUUAUUGAAGAAUCAUAUGAGUUUAAGAGCACAGUGGACAAGCUGAUCAAGAAGACCAACCUGGCUCUGGUGGUGGGAACAAACUCCUGGCGAGACCAGUUCAUGGAGGCCAUUACAGUCAGUGCAGGAGAUGAGGACGAAGAGGACACGGGCGAAGAACGGCUGCCGUCCUGCUUCGACUACGUCAUGCACUUCCUCACCGUCUUCUGGAAGGUCCUGUUCGCGUGCGUUCCUCCCACAGAUUACCUGAACGGCUGGGCCUGCUUCACCAUCUCCAUCGUCAUCAUCGGCCUGCUCACGGCCGUCAUCGGCGACCUGGCGUCUCACUUCGGCUGCACCAUUGGCCUAAAGGACUCGGUCACUGCUGUGGUAUUUGUGGCACUCGGUACAUCUGUCCCAGACACUUUUGCCAGUAAGGUAGCUGCGGUCCAGGACACCUACGCAGACGCCUCCAUCGGGAAUGUGACUGGGAGCAACGCCGUCAAUGUUUUCCUGGGAAUCGGCAUGGCCUGGUCGGUGGCCGCCAUCUACUGGCACAUGAAAGGGAAGCCGUUCGUGGUGGAAGCCGGCUCGCUGGCCUUCUCCGUCACUCUCUUCACCAUCUUCGCCUUCCUGGCCAUCUCGGUGCUGCUUUACCGGCGCCGGGCCCACAUCGGAGGAGAACUGGGCGGGCCCCGGGGACACAGACUGGCCACAUCAGCCUUCUUGUUCAGCCUCUGGUUCCUUUACAUCCUCUUCUCCAGUCUGGAGGCCUACUGUCAUAUAGAGGGCUUCUAAACAGGAAAGACUUCAGCAUGAGAGAAUACAAACAUACAGGGGUUUAAAGUACAACUUCAGAGGUAAAAGAGUGAAUUCUCACUGUGGAAUUUGGGUCAGUCUUAUAUGGUAUGAAAGGACAGGAGAGGUAAACCCAGGGUUUUCCCAGACACCUCCCUCCCUCUCCCUCUCUCUCUCCCUCAACCCCUUCUGUAAGGAUGCUUGGAGGUGAGUAUCCUGCCCUCUAGUGCCGACAGGCGUGUUCGCCCCCCGGCUUAUAGGAGAGCUGUCCUGAGCCAGUGCGAGUGUGCUUACAGUUGGGAUUGGGUCACCACCAAAUCCAGAAGAUGCCGAUGCCGAGAGGUGAUCCUGCAUUCCACUGGAAGAGACUGCAGUCUUAUAUCCGGAGAGAGUUGAGUUAAUCAGAGGUCUAUAUUUUUCUCAACAUCUGAUGAGAACGACUUUUUUUAAAAAGUAUUUUGGGGAUAAAAACGCAAAAAAUAAAUCAAACAAAAAAAAUAAACACACACAUAAACACACACACACACACACACACACACAAAAGAGGAAUCAAAGAACUAUUUUCUGAUCUAUGUUAAGGAUUAACAAAAGAUUAUAUCGUAAAUGGAAAUAUGUUGUUGAGUGACAGUGGGAUGGAUUCAUAGUAUUUAUUUUUAUUUGCAUAGUUUCCUAAGGAGCACUGCAGAGUUCUCAGAAAUCACACAAAGAAGAAAAGGAGCGACAGUGACAGUUCAUACUGGCAGACGAAUCACCAUUCAAACAGGCGAGGAGGAAGAGGUGGACACAGUGAACAUGUUCAAACUGCCCUGAACAUUACUUCCGUACUCUAUACGUAUCUAUAUAUAAUAUAUUUCCAUAUUUUCUGUAUAUUUUGAAUAUUUGUUUAAAUGUGGUCACCUUCUGCUCUAACAACAGAGGAUUGCUGUGGCUAAGCGGGAGGGGAGGGGGGGUCAAACUAUAUACUGGAACGAUGUCUUCACAUUUCUAAGAGUUAUGUAUCUUGCCUAGGUAAAAGUAUGACAUUGUAUUUUAUUUAUUUACUGAUAUCUUGGUCUCACUCGACUUUUCACCUUUUCAAUCAGAAAUCAGAAAAAAAGAAAAAAAAAACAACGUGUUGCUGCAGAGAUAAAUUCAGAGGUAUUUUUGUACUGUUCCAUCCAUGCACUUUGCUGUAUAGUUCUAUUUAUGGAGACUUCUACUUGUACAUGUGCAAAAGGCCAAUAUUAAAGGUGUCACUAUGGACUGAACAGAGUGCCUGUGGAGGGAGAGGCGUUUGCUGCAGCUGUCCACACUGACCAGCUCUUCGCUCUGCUGAAAAACUGAAGAGUUUGUGUUUUUAAAGUUGCUAUGGCUAAUGUGUUAGCAAACAACUGUUGACGUUUAGUUGAUACGGAACAAUGUUAUCAUCCAUUUGGAGUAAUUUUUCUGGCCACCUGAUGAGCUUAAGUCCAAUAUCCACUCUAUUUUUACUAACUUUGUCUCUCAAAGUUGGUAACUAGCUAAAUUUUAGCCUAAAACAAUGAGCUAGAACAGGCUAAAUGUGCUGUAUAGCUGAGGCUAACUGCAGAGUUAGGUAAUAAUUCUUUGUAGGUUCCUAACUAUGUACACAUUAUACAUAGAUAUUUGAUUAUUGCUAUAUUAAAAAAUCAACAAGUGCAGCUUUAACCAAGUAAAAUCAAUCUGAUUGCAUCUUCAGAAAUAGUUUUGUUUAUGAUUUAACAUGAUUUUCCAUCACAACUUUGCCUCUGGUCAUUAUGUAAGGAGCAGAUGUAAGUAAUCCUUCCAUUUUGGAUUGAAACUCUUCAGUGAAGAAGCAGUGUCGAGAGCAGCCGGUGUGGAUGUCAGAGCAGCAGGUAGCUCCAGGUUGAAUUUGAAAGUAGCCUGAUAUUGAUACUGAAUGCUGUUUAACACUCGACUGGUGCUUUGUUUUUAAAAUGAGAGAAAAAAAAUCACACGUUUGAAACUCCCAAGAGCAGUAGAAAAUGUGUUUAUUACUUAAUUUGCAUAAAGUGUAUGUUAGUAUUUAAUCAGUCAAUUCUUGGCUAAUUUAAAAAUCACCCAAGAGAUUACCAAAGAGGUGGGAUGCAACAUCUGUUUUAAAAAAAAAAAACAAAAAAAUAAAAAGUAAACAAAAAAAAGUGACAGUAAGUGGCAGUGACACUGUAUUUCCACAAGGGGGGUGUCAAUCUUGAGUCCCUGUGGUCGUCCCUUCUUCUACUUCUCUAUUAGCACUCCUCCUCCUCCUCUUCCUCAGUGUUCUUCCUUUGUGGUGAGCAGUGUUGUAAAUACGUCUCGUGGCUGAAUCGGAUGCUCUUUUCCCGGCCCUGGACCACACCUGCUCACCUCACUCUGUCUCUCUCUCUCUCUCUCGCUCUCUAACUCUCUUACAUAUUAACACACACACACACACAUACACAGACACACACACAUUCGGAGCAGAGCAACGGGUCCACUGCUGCAUAAUGAGGGAGGACAGUUAGACGGCUGACUGUCCCAUUCAGAGGCAACACAAACCCACAUUAUGUACAUAAUUUUUCAGUGUAUGUUUACAUAGACACAGUAUAGGUGUCCUGGGGGGGAUAAAGCAUGUCAACACGACUCUCACAUCUCAUCUACAGGUUAUCCGCAGUCGCUUCAUCUGAGCCAGUGUCAGUGGAAGUGUGAAGUUCUCAAGUUUUUGUUGUAUUUUUUUGAGCCACCGAGGCUCACUCUGUCACCCUUUCCUUUGUUAAAACCCUGCAACAGAAAAUAUUUUGAGUCUUGAGUUCAGCAGGUAUUUACAAUGACAAGGAAGUGCCAUUGUUCUUAAUUUUAUCUUUGCCUUUAGUGGCUACUUGUAUUGUUUAUUUGGUUGUAUUCUUGAUUUUUAUCUGCCGGGAUGUGUUGAGCUGAGCGUCGGCCGGUGUGUGUUUGUGUGCUGUGCAUGUUCCCUGCUGAAGGAGCCAGGUUGUGCGUCCCCUUCGCACUCAUGUGCACAUGCAGGCAGUGUUGUUGUUGGUCUUCACAAGGGCACGACUCUAAAUUGGUUCUGUCAUUCUAUCUUAAAAGUACAUGUCUUAAUUCUGUAAAAGAAAAAAAGUUAUCUAUCAUACACAUCACUUCUCAAGGCACCAGUCUUCUUUUUUUCUCAGCCUGCAGGAUGGAAGUGAAAUAUCACCGUACAGUAGUUAGACUUGUGGUUGAUGAUGUUGUGAGACACUGAGGAAAGCUUCAGUGAUGAGGUGAAUACUGUUCUUUUAACUUUGUUUUUGUUCUUUUGUGUAACAGAAAAGGGGCACAUUUUAAUGGAUGGGUAUGUUUUUCCUGGCCUGCAAUGAGAUGUCAAAAUAAAAAAGCAAAUUUCCAAAGCUGAUGAUGUUUUGAGAUCAACCCGUUUUGUUCUUUUACUGUGGAAUAAAAGCAACUUUCUGGUUCAUAAGCAAAAA